AUGACAAUAAUGCCUUGUCUAUAUCUUUUAAUAAUAAUUAUUGUACUGGAUAAAACAAAUGGUAUACAAAAAGCAUUUUAUUCAUCAAAAACACCAUAUAAACUACCAUUAUUAACAUUAAAUUUACCAUUACCACCAGCCGGAUUUGAAUCAGUAUGUGUACAAAUUCUUGCUCGACAUGGUUGUCGAGCAUUAGAAGGUCGAAAAUAUGAUAAAUUAACAAUGACAUUAUGGACACAAGCAAAACAAGAAGAAGUAUUAACUGAAUAUGGUAGAAAAUUGGGAGAAAAUUUACAAGAAUUUAUUGCUAUUAAUGAUAAAUUAGGACGUGGUGAAUUAUCUGGUCUGGGUAAAAUUGAACAUCAAGUUGUUACUAGUGGAAAAUCUCGUACAAUAGCAAGUUUAAAUACAUUUAUUGAAGGUUUACCAUCAACAUUAACUUCUUUAAUUGAUUACGAACCAGCAAAUCAAAUUUUACUUUAUUUUCAUGAUAAUAAUAAAUAUGAAACAUAUUAUAGAAAAGAUAGACAAUUAAAAAAUAAAAUUCGUUCAAUUGAAAUGCAAUUAUAUUCAAAACAGAUGGCACGUAAUCUACUUGAACGUUUAUAUAAUGUAUCAUUUGUUGAUAGACUUGCUAAUAGAUAUAAUACAAUUAUUGAUAGUGAAUUAGGAAAAUCAAUAAAAAAUGAAGUAGAUGCUGUUCGUAUGUUUCAUGGAUUAUAUUUAACUGGUUCAAAUUUACGUGUAGAAGGUGUUGAAUCUUUAUUAGAAAAAUAUUUUCUUUCAGAUGAAUCAGCUUGGUUUGCUUAUCUUCAAGAUGCAAAAGAUUAUUAUGAAAAAGGUCCAGCAUUUUUAAAUCGAACAAUAACAUAUGAUAUGGCUCAAAUAUUACUUGAUGAUUUUUUUCUUCAUUCAACACAAUGUUCACAAAUUGAUUUAAAAUAUUUUCUUCGUGCACAUUUUGCUCAUGGUGAAACAAUAAUUCCAUUUGCAGCUCUAUUACAAAUACCUAUAUUAAGUGAUAAAUCCACACCAUUUAAUGAUACAUAUACAUAUAACGGGUGGAUCGAAAGUUUUCGCACAAAAUGUUUGUUCAUUUUUGGCCUGCUUGAAAGUAUUUCAGAUGAGUCAAAAACUAUGGGUUAA